AAACUCUGGUCACACUAUUGUGUACGCUUUUGCGAAUGCUAAAAUUAACAUUGUCAGUGUUUAUAUUUAUUUAUUUUUUUUUAUAAAUAAUGGAUAUAGGCAGCUUGAGUGAAGUUUGCCGCGUUUGUGCAAAUAAAAUAAAGGAUAAGAAACGACAGCGCCACAUAUUUAACUAUCUGCGCGGCAAACUUCUGCAAAAUCUCAAACUUAUAACUGGAGUCAAGCUCUUGCCAAAUGAAAGUUUACCCAACUUUAUAUGCGAGCGUUGCAACUCUGAAUUAGAGUUGGCAAUCAAGUUUCGAGAGCGCUGCAUCUUCUCGCAGAAUUAUUUGGAGGACCUACUGAAGAAACAAUACGAAGAGUUGUCGGCAAAAAAUGAACUCUCUGAGGAGUUGAUCGACGAAGCUGAACUGGAAUACCAAGAAGAGCCUGUGGCCUUUGAGGAGGAUAAGGUUUGGGAGGAGGAAAACUACACAGAAAAGUCCGAUGAUGAUAAUGUGAAACAUAUAAGUGAAGAAGCAGAAGAAAUUGAGGAAGUAUUUGAAAUUACAGAAGUAGAGCAAGAGGAACAGAAACAGCCAAAGAAUAACAAAAGGCACAUGGUGUUGUUGCAAGAAAAUCGCCCAACUAAGCGUCUGCGGAACUUCUUUAUAUGCGAGGAAUGUGGCGGAUUCUUCAAUAAAGAAAAAGACUACAAUAAUCACAUGAAAGGGCACACGGAGCACAAGGAGUCGCCACAGUUCUUUCCAUGUUGCCAGUGCACGGCACACUUCUCAACAAAGACAAUGCUAAAACAGCAUCGACGUGACGUGCACAAUGGAAAUCGACUUUUCAAAUGCGGCAUUUGUGGCGAAGAAUUUUUGGAGCACACUGCCAAGCAGCGGCAUGAGAUCGCACACAGCAAUGAGCGACCAUAUCCUUGCCUAGAAUGUGAAGAGACUUUUACUAGCGUUGCCGAGCUGCGCUUACAUUCCGCCACUCAUUCUCUGCACACAACAAAAGAAAUAAGAGUCGAAGACGAAACAUUUCCAUGUGUGCAGUGCGAGGAGAAUUUCGACAGUGACGCAGAACUUCGAGAACAUUUUGAAAUACACUGCCAGGGCUUCUUUAGGUGUGAGCCCUGCAAUGAGGAAUUUGCAACCUACAAUGAACUGAAUAAACAUUCAAGUACUUACGCACACCAAUGCACAGUUAGAGACGAGAUGGAGAUGCUGUAUGCUGAGGACGAGUGUGAGGAAGAACAGUAUUUAGAUUAAUAAAUUACAACGACGAUAAGUCAAAACAAGUAACAAUAA